CUAAGAUGGGUUUGGCCUAUUCUUAAAACAGCCAGCCACCAUUCAAAACAAAACUAGUUUUGCCAAAGAGAAACCAAAUGAAUCAAACAUCACAGCCAAUCUCAAGUUUAAUUUCACUGAUAAAAUCAUGCACCCAAAAGUCCCAAUUACAUCAAAUUCACGCUCAGCUAAUCCGCACCUCUCUUAUUCAAGAACCCGCAAUUUCUUUCCCUUUCUUGUCUCGUGCGGCACUCUCUCCCGUCCAGGAUAUCACCUAUUCCAGCCAAAUCUUCUCUCAAACACAAAACCCAUCCGUUUACCAAUAUAACACCAUGAUAAGAGCUUACUCUAUGAGCAAUUCACCAGUUGAAGGGUUUAAAUUAUACCAAGAAAUGAGGCAAAAAGGCCUACGUGUAGACCCAGUAUCUUUAUCCUUCGUUAUUAAGUGUUUUGUUAGCAUGGCCUCUUUAAUGGGCGGUAUACAAGUUCAUGCUAGGAUUUUAAGAGAUGGGUUUCAAUCAGAUAGUUUGUUACUUACUAACUUGAUGGAGCUGUACUCAAUUUCGGAGAAGCGUAAUGAAGCGUGUAAAGUGUUUGAUGAAAUGCUUCAAAGAGAUAUUGUUGCUUGGAAUGUUUUGAUUUCGUGUUUUAUAAGAAAUCAUAGGACUAAGGAUGUUUUGGGUAUGUUUGAUGGUAUGGUAAGUGGUGAGUUUGGGUGUAAACCGGAUGAUGUUACUUGCUUGCUUCUGCUUCAGGCUUGCGCGAACCUGGGCGCGCUUGAAUUUGGCGAAAAGGUUCAUGUUCAUAUUGAAGAGUGUAGAUAUGGUGAUAGAAUGAAUCUGUGUAAUUCUCUUAUUGCAAUGUACUCGCGGUGUGGAUGUUUGGACAAGGCUUAUGGCGUGUUUAAGAGUAUGCCUAAUAAAAAUGUGGUUACAUGGAGUGCUGUGAUUUCGGGGUUUGCAAUGAAUGGGUACGGGAGGGAAGCUGUCGAAGCGUUUAAAGAGAUGCAAAGAUUAGGUGUUUCUCCUGACGAUCAAACCUUUACUGGAGUUUUAUCUGCUUGUAGUCAUUGCGGAAUGGUUGAUGAGGGAAUGUUGUUUUUUGAUAGAAUGACCCGGGAGUUUGGUAUAGCUCCGAAUAUUCAUCAUUGUGGGUGUAUGGUUGAUCUUUUAGGUCGUGCUGGGAAGCUUGAUCAGGCAUAUGAGUUUAUAAUGUCGAUGAAAGUCAAGCCAGAUUCAGCAGUAUGGAGGACCUUGUUAGGGGCUUGUAGAAUCCAUCGCCAUGUUACACUUGGGGAACGUGUGGUUGAACAUUUGAUUGAACUUAAGGCUCAAGAGGCUGGGGAUUAUGUUUUGCUGUUGAACAUAUAUUCGUCGGUUGGGAAUUGGGAGAAAGUUACAGAACUGAGGAAAUUUAUGCAGGAGAAAGGAAUACAAACUACACCUGGCUGUAGUUCAGUUGAAUUGAAAGGCGAGGUUCAUGAGUUUGUUGCGGAUGAUGUCUCACAUCCUCGAAAAGAUGAAAUCUACGAAAUGUUGGAUGAGAUUAAUAAGCAGCUCAAAAUUGCUGGUUAUGUCGUUGAAAUAACAUCUGAACUGCAUAAUUUGGAUGCGGAAGAAAAACGAUAUGUACUUUCUUAUCACAGUGAGAAAUUAGCUCUUGCAUUUGCAGUUCUUUCUACACCACCUGGAACCAAGAUCAGAAUAGCCAAGAAUAUACGCACCUGUGUGGAUUGCCACAACUUUGCCAAGUUUUUUUCAGGGGUUUAUAAUAGAGACGUAAUUAUCAGAGAUCGAACUCGCUUUCAUCAUUUCCGCGAAGGACGCUGUUCAUGCAAUGACUAUUGGUAAUGAGACUUGGAAACACUACUUGGUGGUGACAUUGGAAACACUAAUUGGUGGUGACAUUUAGGGUUUGGAUAACACAACCCCGAGAAAUGUGAACUGGUUUCGAAUACAUUGAGUGCAAAUAUAAGCUUUCAUUGAUCUUAAAAGAAAGGACAGGCCAGUAGUUUCAACAUUCACUGAAUCACUGUUAAUCGUUUUCUUGCAUAAAAGAAGCUCUCGAGAAUAGAAAAACAUCAGUUUCUGUACCACUGAGAUCAUUACUGAGGUUGAUGAAAAGAAAUUAGAGAAACGGAUUAUAUUUAACUACCAUUACAGAGAGAAAUAUAUUGUAAAUUCCUCAGCAACGACAAUGUUAUUCAAGAAAAAAACACAGCUCUUCAUGA